AUGCUCGCCGGCCAUGGCCGUAUCGCUCGGCCCCGGCCGUUGAUCUGGUCGCCUGGCCGCCGCUUCCGGAUGGGUGCGUCGAUGCCGCUUCGCCGGACGCGAGGCUGCUCGCAGAUGGCUCCAGCAUGCCGCGGAUACAGCAGACGCGGCGGGAAGCGGUUUUGGCGCGGGGCCGGCGGGCUGAGGGCUGUGGGGCUUAGGCGGGCGGCGCCGGAGAGGCGCGGGGGAGUCGCGAGGGCUGAAGGGCGCGCGGAAGAUCAGGAACCUGCCAGACUGCUGCCCUACAAGGAGCCCGAUGAGUCCCCGAGCGAGCUUGUGCUUGAGCGUGGGAGUCCAACGGGCAGCGUCCUUGACUUGGUCCGCAGCACCCUGGGGGCCCUGGUUGGCAGUCGCGAAGCACAGGGAUUGGAUGUGGAUCUGCCUGAGCACUGGAGGGACCAGAUCAAACAGUUGUCAAAGGGCAAGCGCCGGCAGCUCCAGAGGUACUAUGAAAUUGUUGAACAGAUCAAUGCCCUGGAGAAUGGCUUCAUGGAGAUGACUGAUGCGCAACUCAGAAGCAAGACUGACGUGUUCAGGGAGCGCGUGGCGGCAGGGGAAUCCCUUGAGUCCAUCCUGCCGGAGGCCUUUGCCUGUGUGAGGGAGGCAUCCAAGAGAGCACUGGACAUGCGGCAUUUUGACUGUCAGAUGGUUGGUGGUAUUGUGCUGCACGAGGGAAAGACCGCUGAGAUGGACACAGGGGAGGGCAAGACAUUAGUGGCCACCCUGCCUGUUUACCUGAAUGCAUUGACAGGAAAGGGUGUCCACGUUGUGACUGUGAAUGAGUACCUUGCCACAAGGGAUGCACAAUGGAUGGGCAAGAUCUACACCUUUCUGGGCCUCACUGUGGCAAGCGUGAAGGAGGAGAUGGACUUGCGCGAGAAGAAGACUGCCUACGCCAGUGAUGUGAUCUAUGUCACAGCCACGCAGCUGUGCUUUGAUCACCUGCACGACUGCUGUGCCACGAGCGCUGAGCACAUUGCCUUGGGAGAGCUGAACUACGCGAUUGUGGAUGAAGUUGAUUCCAUCCUGAUUGAUGAGUCUCGGAACCCCAUGAUCCUGUCAACAAAGUCAAGGGAGGUCCUUGACCGGGUUGAGCUUGCGGCAGAGGUGUGCCAUGAGCUCCUCCACGAACGAGGCUACGGCAAGGUCAACAGGCUGCUUGAGCUGGCAGACGCCAUUCAUGCUGGCAGGCUGCCCACAACGCUGCGCAGCUCACCCAACGUCCCACGCAUGCAGCUCCAGAUGGUGUCAGAGGCCCUGGCAGUGCUACUCGAUGUGCUGGUCAGCGGGCCAACCCACAGGAUGCCCAACCUUAAGCGUCUACCAGACUUGGCGGACAUUGAGCGGGUGAGGGCGGGAGUGCUGCGAGGGGACCCCGACCUCACGCCUGUGGCCGUAUAUAUGCUAAUGUACUUGAGAGCAGAGCUGAAGGGCCUCCGGGUGUACAAACCUGACAUCCAUGCCAAGAAGGUCACAGUCACUGAGACGGGGGCUGUGAUGCUCAAGGAGCUACUAGGGGAACAUGGGGAGCAGUUUGACAGCAACAGUCCUGUGAGCCUUUGGGAGAGCACCACGGGUGGCGACGUGUGGGGACCCUACCUUGUGAAUGCCCUCAAGGCGACAGAGUUCUUUCGGAGGGGCAUUGAGUACAUCGUGAUGAAUGGGGAGGUGGUCAUCGUGGACGAGGCCACGGGCCGUCUGAGGGUGAAGUCUCGAUGGGAGGAUGGGAUUCAUCAAGCGGUGGAGGCCAAAGAAAGAGUCCUGCAGGACAAAGGUGUGGCUGGGGAGGGAGUCGUGGGCAAUGAGACAGUGGAAGUGAAGCCUCAAAACUACACCAUUGCCAGUGUCACAUUCCAGGUUUUCUUCAAAUAUUACAAGAAGCUGGCAGGAAUGUCGGGCACAGCAGUUAGCGAGCAGCAAGAGUUCUAUGAGAACUACAAUCUGACGGUUGUCAAGAUCCCCACACACCGCCCAAGGAUCCGCAUCGAUAGGCCAAACAUCGUCUACCUCAGUGAAGAUGCAAAGAUGCAGGCACUCAUCAUGGAACUCAUGAAUUGCCAAGGGGCCCGUCCUCAUCGGAACCAACUCCAUACAAGAGUCUGA